GGGAGAGUGGUGGAAUGCGCCGAAACCUGUGAGUAAGAUCGGGAAGAGCGGGUGGGAGGAUGAGAAUGAAGUGAAGCGAAAGGGCAAGACGAAGCUGAGUGGCGAGAGUGCACCGGGAAGCAUUGGGGAACCAUCACGGAUGUCGGGCGAAACGCGCAAACAGCGGCGAGCGAGAUUGUAUGGGACGAAAAAGAACGCGGACGAAGCGGCGGGCGCGGAGCACGGCAACGAUAACAACACCGAAGGCAAAGUCGACGCGGGAGGAGCGAAAACGGUGCAUGAAGAUGCCAACAAAAACGAAGAAGAAACGGAAACCACCGAGAGCGACGAUGGACCCCACACAUUACAAUAUUCCCGCAUCGACCCAUCCCUCAAAUCCACGUACCGGUUUCGCCGCGAGGACGCCCACCAACCCCCCACCACACCCCUCCUCCCCCUCCCUUUUUCCUCCCACAACCCCUUCUUCCGCCACACCCACCGCCACACCCUCGGCCUCUUCCAAACCUCGUCCCUCGACAACACCCACGAAUUCUUCGUCAUCACCCCCCUAGGCCUAUUAUGCACGUGGGCGUAUGCCGACGACAUGUACGGCGGGUACACCGACACGGUGCCGCGGCUGUACUUGGCGGAGUAUACGGGGGUGCUGGAGUGGGGCGGUGGGGGCGGCGUGGAGUGUUUGAGGGACCCGCGGGCGAGGUGGAGAGGGACGUGGACGGGCGUGUUUGUGAGAGGCGUUUUGCACGUGUGUGAGAGGCGGCGCGGGAGGGCGGCGUAGCGGCGUACGGUUGAUAUACGCAC